AUGGCUCAGGCGCGACCUUCAGCGCCAGGGCGCAGUACCUCUGUCCAAAAAUUUGAGAGCAAACUCAGUCAACAGUUAUCACAUCCAGAACAAUCGCCAGAUCUGCAGCUCCAACCCACGACGCGCUCUUCGCGCUCGUUAUCUGAUGCGUCCAAACCCACCCAGCCAUCCACUGGGGAUUUGAGCCGCCCACCAAGCAAAGACGAUGGGAUUCCUGCUCUACCUGCAACCCCAAGACGCUCGAGUGUGUCACAUCCCGGCUUGUCACUAGACCUGCCUUCCAAAUCCGCCGCGUCGCCGUCCCUAAAUCGCGCUCCUCUAUCGCCCAAACUAGAUCCCUCACAUAUUUACGGAUCUCCAGGAUCUGUUCUGCCGCGACGAUCCCGCGGUCUCGACUUUUCUCGCGCCUGUACCAAUCUGCACCAUUCUACCCUCGCCGAAUCCUCCCCCGAUUCAUCUCCAACCGUCGGAGGGCGGGGCAUGCCAAUCCCUCAGCGGCGCGGAUCGCCUGGCGCGACUUCCGUCCCUCCAUUCUCGACAUCAGGUCCAGCAGAUCGUGCGACGAUCUCAAGUUCUAUGUCGAGUGUGAAUAUGAUGGAAUCAGACACAAGUAGUAGCGAGGAGGAGGAUGAGUCGAUGGGGGACCGCGACGACAUAAUGCUCAACACGCCGCAAGCAACGCGCAUGGGAAAUGCGCCCAACUCGUUUGCUAGCAAUAUCCAAAGUCCGGGGAACGAGUGGAUGGGUGGGUAUUCACAAGCUGCCGCCAGUUUGAUGAGUUUCCAGCGUGCUCGGUUUCGCAAGGGUCGCAGUCGACAUAGCUCAAGCAGCGCAAGUGGAAACAGCUCGAAACCUAGUCCCACGCCUCAUUCUCCCCCAAUUAUGAAAAGUGUCGAACACUCUGCGGGGUACUUUGCACCUCGGAAUGCGCAUACUCGCAGAGAGUCUCUCAGCCUAGGCACGCGCGACUUGCGCCUGUCUGAUAUGAGUGACGACGGCGAAAAUCGUGCGACGCGCGGCGGAAGCCCAAUUCCUGCCUCUCAUUCAGAGGGUGGCGGGCCACUGGGAGUUAUUCGGCGUGCGGUGACUCGUCGUGGAAGUCUUCUUCCCAAAACCAAAACCUUUGCGCGCAUUCGCGCUGCUUUGAUGGAAGAGGGUGCUCCAGUUGACAGUGACAUGAAAAGAGAGGCAGAAGUGGUCCGGCAGGUCCGGGACACCGAGCCUGAAACAACGCCUGGACUCGGAGAAUUUCCAUCGCUAGAGCCACCCGCUGCAUUUGAUGGGGAACCAUCUGAUGAUACGACCGGCAAGGCUGGAAUUGACACCCCAUCCAAGGGCAGUUUCAGCAAACAAGCUAGUCGCAACUCUGGCGGUGUUGAGUUCUGGAACUCGUUCGAUGAGCGAUACCGAACCCCACCUCCUCUACGCCAGGGUGCUCCAUCUGUUGCGGACGAUGACAUGUCUAUGGAUAUGACCCCAUCCACAACGGUUGGUUCUACCGCUGCAGACUCGUCCAAGCCUCGCUCUCGCUCUUCUACUCCUCACCCACAGGGCAUGGCAGCCAUCGGCGAUAUUUGUCGCAAACGGCGUCGUGAUGAUGAUUUCGAUCCCAAUCUCUUCAAGCGUCGGGCUGUGUCGCCCAGCGUGAGUGCCCAUAGCAGCCCGGUGAUGACCCAUACCCACACUGUUAACAUCAGUGAUGCUGGACCAAACAUUUGGGGUCCACCACCCAAGCCAGGACUCGGAGCACCUUUCUCUGAGCGUGAAUCUGGCAGUCGGAUGACACCUCACGGGGCAAAACGCAUUGGUCUACAGGGAAUGACCGAGGCGAGCGAUGGUUUUAUGAACAUGAGCAUUGAUUGA